UAAACGAACAGAGUUGCAUUUUCUUGGCUACUACAGCUUUGCUUAAAAAGGUAUGAAAUGGAACAACAGCAACACUAGUUAAUAGAAGAAAUCUUUUUUGACAUUUUGCCGAUGAAGAGCACAAGACAGAAGAAGAAAAAGACGUCUACUGCUGGUUGCAAAAGAUUCAAUAAUUUCUGGCUUUUUCUCCACAAAAGGUUUUAUAAUAUUGGAAAGAAAAGGCAAAACUAAAGAAUUAAAAAAGUGUUUAUUGUUAAUAACUAUAUGGAAAAGCUUAUAAAGUGUUUUAAAUUAAGGCACUCUAACAAAUUACAAGUGAACAAAAGAUAAGAAAAUCUCAAAAAAAAGAUAGAAAUCGAAAAGUGGAGAAGAAAAAAAAAAGUGAAAAACUAAUGAACAAAAAUAUUUGAUUAAAGAAUUUAAGGCUAGAGGAGGAACAAAAAAAUACAUAUUUAAAUAAAAGAACACAAAAAACCAAAUUGUGAAGGUGUUGAAAGCAAACAAGGAAAAAGUGAAUGGGGGUACUUUAGCCAAAAAAAAUCAAAUAAUACAACAACAACAAAAUUAAGAAAAUAGAAACAAAUUAUACAAAAAUAAUAAAAAAAAAACACCAGCAAGGGGCAUGCACUACUCAUGUACGAAUGUCUACAAUUCACAGAAAAUAUCAUAGAUUUUAUGGCAAAAUAGCAACAAUUCUAAUAAUUGCAAAGAUCAAUCUACUUUAACAACAACAAUAAUAAGAACAUUUAACAUUAUAACAACAACAGCAGCAACAAAACUAUGGCCAAUAAUGUUGUGUCUACAUCGCUGGCUGUAGCACCCUACAUCAAACUGCCGUCUUGUAUUCCGCCCAGCCAUCAAAGCUACAUUCAACAGUUGACGGUGGUGUGUGUUAUAGACACCCAGUUGGGUGAUCAUUUAAAGGAUCGCGAAUGUGCUUUGGAAGAAAUCCAGCAGGCGGUGCUGUCGGUGGGGGCGAAUUUUCAAAGAGUUCAGUUUGACAAAUUAGAUUUCGGUGAAACAAAAAAAUUGGAAACAUUUUACAAUGCUGAUGUCGCUGUCAUCGAUUUGAGUAUACAGGCUCAUCAAAGAUCACUAUCGUAUCACUUGGGUGUACGUGAAUCGUUCAAUAUGAAAGAGAAUAUACUGAUCUACAAUGAUGUACACUCGAAGCAGACCUUAAGUUUAAAGCUUUCAUUUCCCAACUAUACAUUUCUGUCGUACAAACUGAAUACUGAAUAUGGUGUUUGUAAUUUAACCAAUUUCAACAAAGAGCUACCAGCUGAUACAAAAAUACCCACUUUACAGGCAAGAAUUAGACGUUUGCUGCAAGAUGUUGAAAUACAAUCCAAAGCCCACAUGCGUGAAAAGUUUCUUAUUGAUCUGAGACAGGCCCGCGAAACCUUUGCCACCAACUCAAAGAAACUGCAAAGUAUAUUACAUGAAAUGCGCAAACGUUUAGACGAUGCCCAUGUCCUGUCGGGCGAAGUGGUACACAGUUUUAUGUGUUCACUGCGUGAUGUUCAGGACUAUGAUGCCAUGGUGUGUUUGGUCAAUGAUUUGAAAAAUAUACCCAAUACCCGUAAAUAUGUGGAAACGGGCAAUAUGAGCUUCCUGUAUGCCUUUGCCUUAAAUCGUCGCAACAAAAAGGGCGAUCGUGAAAAGGCUUUAGAGUCUUCCCUAAAGGCUUUGGAAAAAAAAGAAAAUGAAUUUCCCGAUAUGUUGUGUUUAUGCGGACGCAUCUAUAAAGAUAUAUUUGUGGAAUCUGAUUACACCGAUACUGUUAGUCUGCGUAAUGCCAUCAAAUGGUAUCGUCAAAGUUUCGAAGUACAACCCAAUGAAUAUGCUGGCAUUAAUUUGGCCACAUUGUUGGUCAUCGAUGGCAAAGAGUUUUCAAAUACCGAGGAACUACAGCAUAUUGGCAUGACUUUGAAUAAUUUGAUUGGCAAAAAGGGUAGUUUGUCUUCGCUGACGGAGUACUGGGAUGUGGCCACGUUCUUUGAGAUUUCGGUGUUGGCCGAAGAUUAUGCUAAAGCUAUUAAGGCGGCUGAAUGUAUGUUUAAGUUGAAACCUCCGAAUUGGUAUUUGAAAUCGACCAUUGGCAAUAUUAGUUUAAUACAUUGUUUUCGCAAGAAGGGCGAUGAUCAUCAGCCCACCAUAGAGGAGCAAAUUUUUCAAUUUUGGAUGGAUUUCUUUUUGGUGGCCACCGAUAGCAGUGAAAUAAGUAAUAUUCGGUUUCCAAUAUUGAUCGUUGAACCCCAAAAAAUCUAUAUGCCCAGUUAUGUGAACAUAAACAUGGAUGCCGAAGAGAAAUCCAUACAAAUCAUUAACGUUUGUUUGGCUCAUGCCAAAAACGAAUGUAAAAAAGUUCAUGAUUUUGUAUUCACUGCCUCACAAAUCAAAUCGGUCAGUUUGUAUAAAAGAGACGAUCGUUGUGCCUAUUUGUAUGUGCAUCACAAUUCAGAUGAUUUUCAAAUCUACUUCCCAUCCACCGAGUGUCGUCAACGAUUCUAUGAAUUGAUAUGGGAAAUGGCUUCGGAUCAGGAUGUGUUUGUUAAUCUCAAUGAGGAAGAGCCACCACAAAUAGAGUAUGAGUAUGAUUAUGAUGAUCAAAAUCGUAAAAUUGUAUUGGGCAAGGGCACUUAUGGAACUGUAUAUGCGGCCCGCGAUAAACACACACAAGUAAGAAUUGCCAUAAAGGAAGUGCCGGAAAAGAAUUCACAAGAUGUGCAGCCCUUGCAUGAGGAAAUCAAAUUGCAUUCACAGCUAAGGCAUCGUAAUAUUGUUAGGUACAUUGGCUCUUUGUCGGAGGAUGGCUUCUUCAAAAUCUUUAUGGAACAGGUGCCGGGUGGUUCUCUGUCCGAUUUGCUUGAAAAGAAAUGGGGUCCUUUGAAGGACAACGAAUCUACCAUGGCAUUUUAUUCAAAACAAAUUCUCGAAGGUCUCAAAUAUUUGCAUGAACAGAAAAUUGUCCAUCGUGAUAUUAAGGGUGACAAUGUGCUGGUCAACACCUACAGUGGUGUGGUGAAAAUAUCCGAUUUUGGCACAUCCAAACGUUUGGCUGGCAUUAAUCCCAUGGUCUCUACAUUUACCGGCACCUUACAGUACAUGGCUCCCGAGGUUAUAGACUUGGGUUUUCGUGGCUAUGGACCGGCAGCUGAUAUUUGGUCAUUUGGUUGCACCAAUGUAGAAAUGGCUACCGGUAAAAGACCUUUUAUAGAGUUGGGUUCAGCUCAGGCGGCCAUGUUUAAAGUGGGUUACUAUAAAAAACAUCCCACAAUACCCGAUGAAUUGUCGCCGGCUGCUAAGAGUUUUAUAUUAAGAUGUUUUGUUAUACAGGAGUCGGACAGACCAACAGCGGCCCAGCUGUUGGAGGAUCCAUUUUUAACAGAUAAACAUCGUAAACUCAGGUUAGGUACACCUUCUAGUACAGACUUUAGUCGCAGUAUAUCGGUACCAGCUGAUCGUUUAGUCAAUCGGCCGAGAUCUGGUAAUACGCCAACGACACCGGAAAUAGAAGGCUUCCACAGCACUUCCGUGGACAUUGAAAAUCUACCCAGUCACCAAUCGUUUACCAUGGAAAGACGCAACUCUUCGGGCACUUUACUGUCGCCCGAAAUCGAAGUAUCCACACCCUCGCUACGCACUGGCGCCAGUUCAGAGACCAGUGAAACCAAUGAUUUCUAUCAUCUCAAAAAAGAAUCUCAACGUCGCACCACUUUAUCGAAAGUCCUAACGACGGAUGAGUCGAAAAUAUGUGAUCUGUGGCUGGAGAAACUAAACCCUGAACACAGCAACAUAGUGACCUUAACAAAAAGUAAAUUGCAAAAACUCUUGCACGGCAUCAGAGAAUACAUAAUGAACGAGAAGGAAAAACAUUUAGAGGCGUGUAUAAAUAGUUUAAAGGAAGAAUUAAACUAUGAUGCUGCCGCCUUGGAUCAUUUGCAUUUGGCUUUGUAUUCAUUUCAAGAUGCUGUCAUCUCUGUGCUAAGAAUGCACUCUAUCAAACCUCAUUGGAUGUUUGCCCUGGAUAAUCUGGUUAAACAGGCGGUACAGGCUUGUGUUAUGAUUUUAUCACCCGAACUGGGGGCCAAUCUGUUGGGCAAAGAACUGUCAUUGAUCGAUGAUGAAAGUGUGCACAAUCAACAGCAAACAUCCACGGAUAGCCAGGAGAAAAUUGCCGCCUUUGAUCCAAAUCACAUAGCCUGCAGUAAUACGCCCGCCAUGGAAGAGGAUAGCAAUAGUUUCUCCUCCACCGAAUGUGUGCGCCUGCUCAGAGACAUUAAGGAAUCUAAUCGCAAGUUUCAUCAUCAACAUUUGGAACAUCAAAAGCAAAGUUUAAAGGCUUUACAAAAUAUCAGCAAAGAAUUGGCUCAUUUCUAUAUGGGCCGCAAACGUACCAGACGCACCAAAUACACAGCGUGCAAUAAAAAGCCCAAUCGCCAGCUAAAACGUCAAUUUGCCCGCAGAUCUGUUAGCAAUGUUAGUUCGUAUAAUGGUGGCCUCGAAGAGGUCGACGAACAAUUGGAGGAGUGGUUGACCCAACAUGAUAUUGAUGAAGUUUCCAAGACUAUCAUAUUGAAUGAGGGUUUUUCCUAUGAGGAUUUUAUCUGCAAUAUGGAAAAGUUGGAUUUAAUGAGAUUAGAUUUAAGAUUGGGCAUUGAAGUACGCCUGUGGUCGUUAAUCACCCAAAAACGUUCAGAGAAUUUAGCAACAACGGUUAAUUUAACUGAGCGUCAGACAAAUGCUUAUGUUAAUAAUAACAACAAUGUUGCUUUUAGCAGCUGCAAUAGCACUAGCAACCCUAAUAACAAUAAUAAUUAUAAUAAUUUCAAUAAUAAUAACAAUAAUUCGGUGGCCUUAAAUCAUAAAAACACUCGCAGCUCUUUAAGACGCAAUAGUAAUAAACGUUGUGACAGUGAAUAUGAUUCGUGUAGUGAAUAAGUUUAAAAAAAGAAAAAUAUAAAACAAAGAAAUUAAACAAACAAUCAAAAAAGAGAAAAACUCAUAAAAAUUAUUAACAAUUUAAUUAAUUUUUAAUGAUGAUGAAAUUCAUUCAUUUUUAAUUUACCCCAACGCACAUUUAAACGUUGAUAUUCUUUUUUGAAAAAAAUGCCUUUUUACAUGUUUUUUUGUUAAUUAUUGUUAAUAUUUUUUCUAACAAUAUGGUUUUUAUUAUUAUUGUAUAAUUUUUUUUAUUAUUAUAAUUAUUAUUUUUUGUAAUUUUAAUUUAAUUUUUUUCUUUUUGUGAAAAAAGUUUUUAUUAACAAACAACCGCCGCCCCGUCCUUAUACCUGCCCUAUUAUUCAUACCAAUCCCCCUGCCCCCCAACUAAAACCCAUUUAAAUACACAAGUUGAACAUUAAUAAUUUAUUAAGAUGAGAGAGUAAAUAAAGAAAGCUAAGAGAAGAGAAGUGUUGAAGAAAAAUAAAAAUAAA